AUGUCGUAUUCAUUUUUGCUGAUCGUCGUUUGGGUAACUUUGUGCCACGCUGAUGCUCGAUUUGAGUGUACCAGUGAAGUCCGCGAUGAGAUGAAUCGCUGCAUGAAUACUGCCGUGAGCAAAUCAAAACGGAAAUGCACCAAAGUUAGCUCUGUCUCUUCGACGAAAAUGAAUACGCAGUGUUUAAAUUGCGGCAGUUGCAAAAAGUCGCGGAAUCAAUGCUUAAUCGUUGCUCUCAGUAAACGAGAAUACUCCGAUUGCCGCAGUUAG